AUACUUGAAAAUACAUAUAUUUUAUAAUAUCAACGAAUCAGAUAAACGUGUCAGAGACCUUAUAAACUGUUGUUAUUAUGAUUCUCCCUCUUUAAAUUUAUAUAUAUAAACAAUAAAAAAAAGUCAGAACAAGCCAGCGUUUCAGUAUCUCGGCCAUUUGGAAUGGUGAUGCAUCAAUGCUCCAAAAUAAUAAUAAAAAAAAAAAAAUAAAAACAAUUAAAUAAUCCUAUUUACAUCAUAAUUAAUUAUUAUUUAAAUAAUUUUAAUUGUUAAAUUGUGCGGGGUUAAACCCGAUAUAAACUUACAAAAUAACGCGACGCAAAAGGAUGAUACACUCGGGACGAACGAGACUCGAGAAAAAAGCUAAUCGAGUAGGUGAAGGGGUUGAAGUGGGUGGUCAAGGGUUGGAUGAAUUAACAACUGGAGGUGGUCAAUGGUGGAGACAAUAUCCUCCAUAUUAUCAUCAUCAUCAUCAUCAUCAUCAACAACAUCAACAACAUCAACCCCAACAACCACAUCAUCAGGGCAUUUAUUAUCCGUCUCAUUCUUUAGCUCAUAUACCUGUCAGUAGCAUGAAGCAAUCUUACAUGCAGUUGACAUGGGUAUUUCAUGACGAUGAGGCACAAAUUAAUAAAAAACUUCCAAAGGAACUUUUGCUCAGGAUUCUAUCAUAUCUGGACGUAGUGUCACUUUGUCGUUGUGCUCAAGUCAGCAAAGCAUGGAAUGUUUUGGCAUUAGAUGGAUCAAAUUGGCAAAGAAUUGAUUUAUUUGAUUUUCAACGUGACGUUGAGGGAUCAGUCAUUGAAAAUAUAUCACGACGAUGUGGUGGAUUUCUUCGUCAAUUGUCACUUCGUGGUUGUCAAAGUAUUGGAAAUAAUUCAAUGCGUACACUUGCUCAAUCAUGUUCAAAUAUUGAAGAAUUAAAUUUGAGUCAAUGUAAAAAAAUAUCAGAUGCAACAUGUGCUGCUUUAAGUAGUCAUUGUCCAAAAUUACAACGUUUAAAUCUUGAUUCAUGUCCUGAAAUAACUGAUUUAUCAUUAAAAGAUAUAUCUGAUGGUUGUCCAUUAUUGACACACAUUAAUUUAUCAUGGUGUGAAUUAUUAACUGAUAAUGGAGUUGAAGCAUUGGCAAGAGGUUGUCCAGAAUUAAGAAGUUUUCUUAGUAAAGGAUGUAGACAAUUAACUGAUCGUGCUAUCAAGUGUUUAGCACGAUAUUGUCCAAAUCUUGAGGCCAUCAAUCUUCACGAGUGCAGGAAUAUAACAGAUGAUGCAGUUCGUGAAUUAAGUGAAAGAUGUCCUCGUUUACAUUAUGUUUGUAUAUCAAAUUGUCCAAAUUUGACUGAUCCAAGUUUAGUGACACUGGCCCAGCAUUGUCCUCUGCUGAGUGUACUAGAAUGUGUUGCUUGUACCCAUUUUACUGACGCUGGUUUUCAAGCACUUGCAAGAAAUUGUAGGCUGUUGGAAAAAAUGGAUUUGGAAGAAUGUGCACUUAUCACAGAUGCAACUUUAAUUCAUCUUGCAAUGGGUUGUCCAAGACUUGAAAAAUUGAGUCUUUCACAUUGUGAGUUGAUAACUGAUGAGGGAAUACGACAAUUGGCAUUAUCACCAUGUGCAGCUGAAAAUCUUGCUGUUCUUGAACUUGACAAUUGUCCUUUAAUAACAGAUGCAAGUCUUGAUCAUCUUCUCCAAGCAUGUCAUAAUCUUGAACGUAUAGAACUUUAUGAUUGUCAACUGAUAACAAGAUCUGGCAUACGUAGACUCAGAACAAAUUUACCCAAUAUCAAGGUACAUGCAUACUUUGCACCAAUGACACCACCAUCAAGUGCUGGUGCAUCAAGACAACGUUAUUGUCGUUGCUGUGUCAUCCUGUGAUUCCACAUUUGGUAAACAUUCGAGUUUAAUAUUAUAUAAUAUAACAAUACAGUGUGUUAACGUACAAACAUUGGUUCAUAUUGUUGACGUAACUUUUUUUUAUACAUAUUAAUUAAAUGAGAAUUGACUUGAUCUCAUUUUUUGUAUAUUCAUCUUGGCAAUUGACAUGCCAAUGAAAUUUUUAAGUCACAAAUAUUUCCAAAAAGAAAUAUCAAAUGUUUACCCAAGGCCAUUAGUUUUACAUUUAGUAUUUUUAUUAUUAUUAUUAUUAUUGUUAAUAUUAAUAUUAUUAUUUUAUUACCCAUUUAAAAAAUAGAAGAUAAACUCGUUUUUUUUAUUUUGGCUAAUAUGCGAUAGUUUGUAUCUUUUUUUUUUUCUUUGUUUUUCGCGUUUCUCAAUGGGUCCCUCCGUCUCUUUUCGAGUUUUAAAAAUAAAUAAAAAUAUAUAAUCGUAAACUGGUUUGGAAAAAUAAUUAAAUAACUCGAUACAGAGUUGCAGGUUUUUUUUUAACAUCGGCCCGUCUAGCAGUUGAUACGAACCAAGAGAGUACAGACUGAGAACCAAAUGAAAAUAAUUAAAAAUAACAAAACAAAUUAUUAAAUAAAUAAUCAAGUUUUUACAUCAAUUUACAAAAAAAAAAAAUCAUUCAAAUCUAUAUACAUACAAAAUAUUAACUAAAUUUUUUUUAGAUAAAUAUUAUUUUGUUUAUUGUUAUUCCAAUUACCAAAAAGAAAAAAAAACAAACUAUCAGUUUUUUUUUUUUCUUUUGUAAUGUUGUUGUUUUUUUUUUUUUUUUUUUAAUAUUUACAACGCAAAUAUGUGUUUUAUUUAAAUUUACAAGAGAAAGAAAAAAAGAAAAUUUACAUAGAAAAAUUAAUUAAUUGCAAUGAGACAUUAAAUUGAUUAAAAUUGUGUUUUAUGUCUUGAAAAAUAUUAAUUUGAAAAUAAUAAAAAAUAUAAACCAGUGGGAGGGGAAAAAAAAAAUAAUAAAUUAAUCGAUCAAAUUUAAAAUGAACUUGCAAGGUAGUUCUGGGUUGAUAAAAAUAUAUUGAUAUUAUAUUUAUAACUAAAAAUAGUAUAUGAUAAAUAAAAAUAUCAUAAAUAAUAUUUUUUACAAAUAACAAAAUUACAUACUGGUUUUGUAUUUGUCAACUUGAUUAUUUUGUUAUUUAAAAUACAAAUAAUACAGUUGAUACUACUCCAAAACCAUGAAAAUAAAUUGAUUUUAAUUAAAACAUGUAUACAUUAAAUCUUCACUACCAUAAAAAACAACAAAAAUUGUCAAUUUAAAAAUAAUUUUUAAUUAUUUUAAAAAGACUAGAACUACCUUAAAAAUUAUAUUGUAUAUGUAUAUCUAAUUUAGAUAUUUAAAAUAAAGAAAAAAAAAACUGUAUGUUUAAAAUUUAUAAAAAAUAAAAAUAUAUACAUUAUAAUAAUCAUGUAUAUAUUUUCAAUAAAUGUAUGUAAAAUAAAGAAAAAUAUAUAUAUAUAUAUAUAUAUAUAUUCGAGACAACGAAAAA